CGCGCCCACUCGCUGAGGCCGGGUAUUGCUUGGGCGGUGCGUCACGCGCUCGGCGCCUCGCUCGCUCGCGCGCUCUCCUUUUUUUUCUUUUCCUUCCUGCCUCUCUCACUCUCUUUUUCGCUGAAGGCGCUUCUCUCGAGCGGCCGGCAGGACGAUGGCGGAGCAGGACAAGACUUCAUUAAUACGUGAAACCAGACAACGUUUUGAAGCGGAAUAUGUUCCAGCAAAAACAGAUAAAUAUGAUUCCAGAGAUUUGGAGAGACUACAGCAAGAUGAUACCUGGGUUGAAAAUUUCCUACUAUGGAGGCAUGAUAUUGUGGAUGAUACACUGAAGAUGAUAGAUGAAAGUUUUCAGUGGAGAAAAGAAUAUGCAGUUCAUGACUUGACUGAAUCUUCACUUCCAAAGUGGUUAUUUGAUAACGGUUCCCUUUAUCUGCAUGGUUAUGACAAGGAAGGCCAUAAAAUAUUUUGGUUCAGGGUGAAACUUCAUACAAAAGAUCCUAAAACUCAAUUUGAAAAAAAGAAACUAGUAGCCUUUUGGUUAGAGCGCUAUGCAAAAAGGGAAAAUGGCAAGCCUUUGACAGUGGUGUUUGACAUGGCUGAAACUGGACUGAGUAACAUAGACUUGGAUUUUGUGCGAUACAUUAUUGGUUGUUUUAAGGUCUAUUAUCCUAAUUACCUCACUAAAAUUGUGAUCUUUGAAUUGCCUUGGAUAAUGAAUGCUGCUUUUAAACUUGUUAAAAGUUGGCUGGGCCCAGAAGCAGUGAAUUUGUUGAAGGUGACUAAUAAAAAUGAUGUCCAGGAGUAUAUUAGUGCUGAAUACCUACCACCCCAUAUGGGUGGAACGGAUACCUUCAAGUAUAGUUACCCUCCACUGGUUGAUGAUGAUUUUCAAACACCCCUCUGUGAAAAUGGACCCCUUACUAAUGAAGAUGAAACUGAAAGUAAAGAAGAAAUUGAUAUAGAUAACAAGGAAAGUCUAGAUACUAAUGAAGAGCAAGUACCCAAUUCAAAAAAGGCUGAAGAAGCAAUCCAGCAUAUAAGCUCUUCCAUGAUUUGUCCACUGGCAAACCACGCAGAACAAACUCCAAAAUCAGAAGAAUGUGACAAACUAGAUUCGAAAACAAAAAAUGCAAAGAAAGCACUUACAACAUUUAAAGGACCUUUAUUGCAUAUAAGCCCUGCAGAAGAGCUGCACUUUGGUUCUAAAGAAACUGGAGAGAAGAAAUGUUUAAUAGUUCUAACAAAUGUGACUAAAAAUACAGUGGCAUUUAAGGUGAGAACAACUGCUCCUGACAAAUACAGAGUGAAGCCAAGUAACAGCAGCUGUGAACCAGGCACAUCACUAGAUAUAAUAGUUUCUCUUCAUGGUGGUUGUGCAGUUUCCUUGCAAGACCGUUUUCUGAUUAUGGCAGCAGAAAUGGAGCAGUCCUCUGUAGUGGGAACACAAGAAUUGACUCAGUUUUGGAAGGAAAUCCCCAGAAACAAAGUGAUGGAGCACAGAUUAAGAUGUCAUGUUACUGAAAGCAGCAAACCUUCUAGUUUAACAUUAAAUGAAAGUACCUUUAAUAUUCCUGCCAAAAGCAAUGAAGAUCUACACCUACAGCUAACACAGUUAUUACAAGCCAACACAAGACUUCGAGAACAGAUUGAUCGCUGUGUCUGGUUCCAGCAGUUGACUCUUCUGUUGGUGUUUCUUCUAGUUGCCAGUACUACAUACUGUUUCUAUCUUUUGUAUCCUCCAAGCAGCUAAAGAGCAGUGCCCUAUAGAACAUGCUCUGUUGGUGUUAGUCAGUUGGGGAAAACAGCCAAUCCUAUUCUCUGGAGCUAUAGAACUGCCAAAACAAGAUCUGUGGAGCUUCCCAAAAACUAAAAGUCACAGGGCUGAGAUGUAUGCCUUGAAUCAGCAUGUGGAGUGGCAUCAUUAAUAUUCCAGGAUAAGAAGAGCAGAAUGUCAAAGAAGUCAUUUUCACUGGACAGCGUAAUAACUACUCAUAAUAAGAGGGCCAUCAGUACUUAUAAUUUAAUAUUUUCUUUUUUUCUGACAUGCAGAGAUGUAUAAGAUGUAUGAAACUAAUAAUUUUUGUACAGAAAAUGCACCAUUUCCUUUGAAAUGUAACUGCAAAAUGAUGUAAUAGACUUUCUUGUGUUGGUUGUACAUAAUGUAUGUGUGUACAUAAUAGAUAAUGGUAGACAUAAUGGUGAAGCUGGUAUUUGAAGACCUGCAUCCUAAUAUUAGUUCUCUCUUCUUUUUCCUAUUUUCCAGAAUUACUACAGCUAUUUUACACCAAACAAUUUUAUCCAAUAUGUAUCUUGUAGCAAUACUUCCCAGAAUUUUCUGCUGUAGUUCCAAAGAUUUAGGACUUUCUUGUUACAGAUUGUCAUAGUGACCUGUAAGAAGUACGCUCAUCAUGAUCUUUUUUUUAAAACCUACUAGCUCUGAGAAACAGAUCCCCAUUCCCUAAUAUUGACUGAGUUUCCAGAACUGAAAUAGCUAGCAUGGGAUUGCAACUGCUUUGUCCCAUUAAGUUUUGAUGCUGACUUCUUGCUCAUGUGUUAUAGAAGAUGGGUUCGUAUAACUGUAGGGCAGUAAGCACUGUACCACAAUCUUUGUGGCUAGAUUUCAAAAAAAAAUUGCUGUAAGCAAUUUCUUCCUGAACUACAUUCAGUAAAUCAUGUGUAAUAUUGAUGACACAAAUAAUUGUGAUGAAAAUUGUUAUUACUGCUUGAAAAGUAGUUUAGAAAAAAGGAUUAAAAGCAUAACUAAAAACUAUCUGUUAUGUACACACAUUGCGGUUAUACUCCAGCAUAGCCUCUCCGGGAACUUCUUAUUUGCUUCUUUGUAUGAGAGAGGGAGUGGUCUGUGUACACGCAAGCAUUUUUUGCCUCAGUUUUCUUGUGUAGAUCAGAAAGUCUCUGAAUACACAAACUUUAGUAUAUAUAAUCUUUUCUUUUUCUUUCCCACUUUCACUUCAGUGGGACUAAGCACUCAUCACUGAGCAUAGCAUUUGCAUUCCAAAUGUCUACCACAGACCAUCUCAACUUGGUAAUACUGUGAAACUGCUGUGGGUUUUUUUUUAAAUAAAGAGUAAUAAUUGUUGUAGACCACAUUCCCCAUAAAGUCUUGCAAGCUUGAAGCUUUGUGUUUAGUAGCCUUAACUGGGUUAAGCUUUUUUGAAUGGUUGACAUGCUGAAUUUUGCUUUGCUUAUUUUGCUUAUGCUCAGGCAUGAUGGUAGAAGACCAUUUGAGAAGACACAGUUUACUGCCAUAUUAUCUAGUUCCACAUUUUCCCUAGUUCCAAAUCUUCAGAUUGUGAAGGUACAGUGGCAUACAGAAGUAUUUCAACCUUCCUUCUUUCAAUAAAUGUGUCUUCUGUAUUUAGAAACAGAUACAGAUUUUUGAUCAUUGUGAGUAGACUCUGUAAAGAGGAACAUAGACCUCUAUACAAUAAUAAUGCAGGGCAGUUUCGGUCCAAAACAAUUAUAUUUGAUAUUGAGAGUUCAAGUAUCUUUAUAGGAUUACCUUUCUAGCUCGUGGAGCUAUCGUAAGUUGCCUUAUAAUAUGUUAUAGUUAGUUAUAGGUUUCUCAGUUGUUCUGAGAUUCAUCUCUGUGUUGCUAAAGAAAUUAGCUAUUUCAAUUUCAUAAACAAGCCAAAACAGUUUUGAAUGAUUUGUUCUUUUAUAACAGAUUUAACAAGCCUGGUUGUCAUUAAGCUUAGAACUAAAGUUUUCAAACUUCUUAGGACAUCCUAAGAUCUGUAAUACAAAAUAAUACAAUUCUUCGCUCAAAAAGUUUAUCACUAAAUUGGACUGAAUUUAAUUGCACUUUAUUAAACGUGUUUGAGUAUUGAUAAAACCUAUGCCAAUAAAUAUUCUUAAUAUCUGGUGCUUAAAUAUUUUCAGUAUUUUAUUACUAUAUUCAUAUUUUCUAUGUAAAAUUGAUUGGAUAAUGUUUUCUAUUUUAAUAUGUUAUAGACAAAGAACUUCAUUUGUGAAAUAAAUAAAACUAAGACCACA